AAACAAUGUCCGUCAUGCACAAUUUGGGUGUCGAGUGUAGCUGGUUGAAAACGAGUGAAACCAGAACGAAAAAACACAGACUUCUUUUUGCAAAGAAAUCUCUGAUUCCAAUGGCUAGCUCCGGUGAAAUCUCAACGGAAACUCCGCCACAUUACGACCGAUUACAAGAACUAAAAGCUUUCGAUUCAUCAAAAGCCGGAGUUAAAGGCAUCGUAGACGCCGGAAUUUCGAGAAUUCCCCGGAUGUUUGUCCGCCCCUCCGACGAACUUGCCAGUGACUAUCCAAUCUGCGACACCCAGAUCGCGAUUCCUGUCAUAGACCUUGCCGGCCGUCGAAGCAAUUUGGUUGAAGAAGUUUGGCGAGCCUCGGAAACUCUAGGGUUCUUCCAGGUGGUGAAUCAUGGGAUACCCAAUUGGUUAUUGGAGGAGGUGAUGAGGAAGGUGCGAGGGUUCCACGAGCUGCCCAGAGAGGUGAAGGAGACGUACUACACGCGCGAUCCUGAGAAGAAAGUGAAGUUUAGGAGUAAUUUUGAUUUGUAUGAGACAAGGUCUGCUAAUUGGAGGGAUACUCUGUUUUGUGUCAUGGGUCCUAAGCCUCUUGAUCCACUAGAGCUUCCUGAGGUCUGCAGAGAAACAAUUAUCGAGUACUCGAAGCAAAUAACGGGACUGGGAAUUACUUUGUUUGGAUUGUUGUCUGAGGCACUUGGGCUCCAACCUGACCACCUCAUUGGCAUGGAUGGUGCGAAAGGGCAUGCAAUUCUGGGUCACUAUUACCCAGCAUGUCCAGAACCUGAUCUGACUAUGGGCACCAGCAAACACUCUGAUCCUGAUUUCCUGACAAUCCUACUUCAAGACAAAAUAGGUGGACUCCAAGUACUUCAUCAAAAGCAAUGGAUCAAUGUUCCUCCCGUAUCUGGAGCUUUAGUUGUUAACAUUGGGGAUCUCUUGCAGGUUUUUUGUUAGAUUCAUUCAAGUUCUCUGUAUUUUCUAUUCAAUCUAUAUAUCUGUAUUCCUGUCUGCAUCAAACUUUCUGUGCCUGUCCAUUAUUGUUACUAAACAAAUUUCAUGACACAUUCCUUUGUUUUUGCAUUUGAACUACGGAAUUUUUUGUCAUGCUUCCUUAUUUUCCAUUUAUAUACCUUGCCUACAUUAACUCAGUAAGCUAUAAUUCCUUGGAUUUUGUUGCAUAAAGAUUCCAACUUGGUUGCAUCUUCAUAGAUUCAACUUCAGCAAGCCUCAAGGUUGUCUAUGACAUAGGAAAAUUGGAAAAAAGAAUUAGAAAGGCCGGAUUUGUCAACUGUGAAAAUUUUUGCAUCUAAUGGCUGCCUAACUCUCGCAGAACAAGUUUUUCUUCAUCCAUGAAAUUAUUUACGGUUAUUCAUCAAUGGGGCUUUCCUGUUUUUUCUUUUCCAAAUUUUGUUAAUACCUGAAGAAUGGCCAACAUGGAUAAUUUUAUAAAAUGAUGCUGUAAGCUUAAAAACAGGUCAGUGCAUAGACGUCAGGAAUAAUGACUAGUGCUAUAAAAUAUUUGGUGUCUUUCCUUCCAAGCUAACAAUUCUAUGUAUCCUGCUUUUGAUACUACCUUAAGAUGCUUGAUAUCUUCAAUGAUGUUGAAGACUCGAAGGCAGGUCUUUUGGUAAACAUUUCAUGUAAAUCUUAGUUUGUAUAAGAAUUGUGUAUAUGGUAUUGUGUUUCUCUGUUUGCUUUCAGCUUAUAUCAAAUGACACAUUCAUAAGCGUGGAGCACCGCGCGUUGGCUAACCAUGUCGGGCCUAGAGUAUCAGUGGCAUGCUUUUUCACACCGCAUCUUGACCCAUCAAAAAAGAUGUACGGCCCAAUCAAGGACUUGUUAUCCGAAGAUCAUCCUCCUGUGUACAGAGAGACCACAUUGGAAGACUUCAUUGCCCACUACGAUUCUAAAGGACUUGAUGGCACCUCUGCUCUAACACAUUUCAAGUUGCAUGGAUAACCAACAAAAUACAGAGUGAGAUUAGAUUGAAACAUCUUUUCAAUAAAAUGCUUAGUCAGAUUAUAUAAAAUAACAGGGUUGGAACCUAAGUGAUCUGAACAUGUUGUAAGCUUCGGUUUUGGUAUGUUAUUAGAAGUUUCUCCUGCAUAGAAAGAGAAUUGGGUAUUGCUGGAAGAUGUCCCUGUUCUCGUUACGUAUGUAUUCAACUGUUUUUCUCAUCAUCAGUUAUAACAAUCUUUU